UGAAUUUCGCGCCCUGCUGUUCCAUUGGCUGUUGGCUAGGGGUCCCGCUGGCGGAACGGGGUUCCGCUAGCGGAACGCCUAUAAGUGUUUUGUGUCUCUUUUCCACCAUUUAUUCCACUUGUGUGGGGACAUGGAUUCACAGUGACCCCCACUAUUGUGUAAGUUAACAAUUUGGGUAUAUAUACAUAUACUGGCACAAUCCACAACUGUUAAAGUUAAGUGAAAAAACAAAGUGUGUGGUAAGGUUGAAUUCUAGUGACACGCUGUAGUCAUUAGAAAAUUCUGGCAAUGAUUGCCUAUAAGUUUGCGUUUCAUCUUCGUGGUACGUGAACCUGGGUCCUAAGAGCCAUUCCACUAAAUCUAUUAAUUCAUGAUAAAUAUUUACCCUCACUGUUGACAUACAGAAAUGUAUUUAAUUGACAUUUCUACAAAAUAACUUGAGAUGAAUGUUGAGAAAUGUGAAGCAUCAAGUUAUGAGAUAUCCCACUAUCAUUUGAUAAGGGCUAUGUUUGAGAUAAAAAUGUAUUCUGUUUAACCUCAGAGAGACCCAUAGGGAGCUUACAUCACAAAUGUAUGUCUCAGAUAUGUUCAACUUUUACAUGUACAGUAUGUAUCCCCAUGAAUUCUCUCAGAAUACACAGCCAGAGCUAACUGUUUUACAAUAUAAAAUACAACAUGUCUUAACAAUGUCUUAACUCAUUUUCAAACUACAGUGGCUACAUAUCAUGUCCUAAAAUGACUGCUCAGUGUUUGAAGUGUAGCAUUCAUCUGUGUUUGGAUGGGUUUGUUUGAACUUAAUCAGAGGCAACUUUAAACUUGGGGUCACAAGAUUUAUGGAAAAUUCAACUCUGAGGGGCUCACAUGCAAGUGAGCGUGACAUCACAAGUGAAUAUCUGAGAUGUGUUUGGGGGGUGUCAAAUGUAGAACCAUUUGUCUUGACUGGUGUUCAGACAGCGCAGUGGUAGAGAGACAUGUUGCAUAGAAGCCUGCCUGAUUAAAUGACUGCAUUCAUGUGAACAGUCUCAUGACAUAUCCCCUGUGUGUGUUAGAUGCCUUUUCCUCCCUUUACCCUCUUUUUAUCAUUGUCAUCUGGUUGUCAAGGAGUUUUCACUGUUUCCUUCUGUAUUGAAAUGUGUGUAGCCAUUCACUUUGGUGUCAGGCUUGCUUAAAGUAUCAGAUUUUGUAUUACUUUUAGAAAGUAAAAAGGGAAAGUCCUCGGUGGGCUGAGAGUUUAGUUUGAAGGGUCGACACAAGUUAGGCUAUUCGUGGUUUAGAUUUUGACAUUGACAAGAUAGUUUGACAUGUGCACACUCAAUGCUACAGUCAGCAACUAAGCCCGCGAACUGUCGAAAUAAUGUCUAACGCGCCACUGCACUGAUUCUAUUAUGGGAAAUGGGACGGGCCAAUUUGGGGAAAGUGCCCAGACUGACUGACUUCAUACUGUAUCAAUGGACUAGGGGAUGAGAAUGAGGAGGCGAGGAAGGUGUUUCUACUGUCUGUCUCAUAAUCUUGAGUUUAAAAGUUCUCUCAAAGAGGAUACUAAGUAGUUCAACACAGUGUGAAGACUGCACAAUCUGUGAAGAAGAGAGGACGCGCACAGCAUACCACGGCAAUAUUAUUUUGUAUCUGCGCACGGGACUAUUCAGUCAGCGGCUGCCAGUGGUGAUUCAACAAACACUAACCCAUCGGAAAACUCAACACAUAGAUUACAAAGAUGCCUGUGGAAACGCUGUCAGUCAGACACUCUCUGUCUAAUGUGGGAAGGUUCCCAUCAGUCACAUUGGGAUGGGGGCAGGAUGAGCCAGAGAAGGAAAAACCAGAGGAGGAGAACACAGAGGAGGGGGUGUGUCGACAAUGGUUACGUAAGAUCUGUCCUUGCUGCUGUCAAAGACUGAGCGAUGAUGAUGACAUCACAGAUACGGUCGUGACCGGGAUCCCGGUUGUCGACAACAAUGCAGGGAUGAAUGGUGACAAGCCAGUCACUGGUGGAAGUGAGCUCGAAGAGCUGUUGUUGACAGUGCGGUCCAUAGACCUGAUGAAAACCAAGACGGGUCUGAACCGCCUGGAGCAUCACACAGACCGUUACUACGGUGAUGACCUCAUCAUCCGCAGGGGGAAUACCUUCAUGAUGUGGCUUGACCUCUCACGACCUUACUGCCCCAACACAGACAGACUCCACCUGGAGCUUAAGACAGGAUCCCUGCCUACAGUGGCAAAGGGCACCCAUGUCAUCAUCCCAUUGGUUGAGGAGCUGGAGGAUGACCGUUGGGAGGCCAAGAUCGUGAAACGGGACGGCAACAGGAUCAAGCUGUCUGUUAACUCCCAGCCCACUGCCAUGAUUGGCCGAUACCAGCUCACUGUGGCAACGCAUAGCCCGAAGGGCAAGGCCACAUCUACACAUGACCCAGGAAAUGACAUCCGCAUGCUGUUUAACCCUUGGUGUGAAGAUGACACAGUGUACAUGGACGAUGAGGAUGAGAAGAAUGAGUAUGUCCUGAAUGACGUCGGCAGGCUUUACUAUGGCACAGAGAACCAGAUUGGUGCAAGAACAUGGAACUAUGGACAGUUUGAUGAGGGGAUCCUGGAUUCCUGUCUGUAUGUUUUGGAGAAGAGUGUAACCCCCCCCUCAGGCUGGGGAGACCCUGUCAAUGUAGUCCGAGUCAUUUCAGCCAUGAUCAACUCCCCAGAUGAUUGUGGGGUCGUGGAGGGUAAUUGGUCAGGGAAGUAUGUGGGAGGGACUUCCCCUACAGCCUGGAGUGGCAGUGUGGACAUCCUGAAGAAGUACCAUAAGGACGGAGGCAUACCAGUCAGAUAUGGCCAGUGUUGGGUCUUCUCUGGGGUCACCACCACAGUGUUGAGGUGUUUGGGCAUUCCCUCCCGUAGUGUGUCCAACUUCAACUCUGCCCAUGACACAGAUGUCUCCCUGACAACAGACGUGUACUUCAAUGAGAAUUUGGAGUCUAUAGAUCACCUCAACACUGACUCCAUCUGGAACUUCCACGUGUGGAACGAUUGUUGGAUGGCUCGUCCAGACUUGCCUCCAGGUCAUGGUGGCUGGCAGGCGGUAGACUCCACCCCCCAGGAGACCAGCCAGGGCACCUUCCGCUGCGGCCCUGCCUCCAUCACCGCCAUCCGCAACGGACAAGUGUUCCUCAAACACGACUCACCCUUCAUCUUUGCCGAGGUGAACAGUGAUAAGAUAUACUGGCAGAGGAACCUGGAUGGCACCUUCACCCAGAUCCACAGUGAGAAGAAUGCAGUGGGCCACUGUAUCAGCACCAAGGCUGUGGGCUCAGACGAACGCAACGAUAUCACACACCUUUACAAGCACCCAGAAGGCACAGAAGAGGAACGCAUUGCUGUGGAGACUGCCAGUCGCUAUGGUUCCAAACCAGAUACUUACUCCUCUCCAAUCGCUGAGGAUAUAUCAAUAGAGGUGACCAUGGAUGGGGAGGGGCCACGCAUGGGGGGAGAUGCAGAACUGAACAUUGUCAUGCGAAAUGCUAGUUCUCUACCACGCACUAUCAACCUCCACAGCCAGGUCGCAGUCAUGUACUACACUGGCGUGCUCAAGGCCACCGUCAAGAAGGACGAAAUGCCUGUGGAGCUGCUAGCCAAUGAAGUGAAGACCCUGGAGUUGAUCCUUGAGUACCAGAACUAUCAGGACCAGCUAGUGGACCAGGCUGCUCUGAUGCUGACCCUCUCAGGCCGGGUCACUGAGACACAGCAGGUCCUUGCCACUCAGUUCAGCUUCCGCCUCCGCACCCCUGACCUCAUCAUUAAGCCGGUAGGGGAGGCUGUGGUGGGGAAAAGGAUGGCGGCUGAGAUUUUCUUCAUUAACCCUCUGCCACGCACGCUGAAGGGAGUGGUGUUCCAUGUGGAGGGGCUGGGCCUGCAGAGUGUUCGACAGAUCACUGUUGGUGACGUGGCCAGUCGCUCCUCUGUGACUCUGACGGAACACUUUGUUCCUACUCUGCCUGGAUCCAGGAAACUGGUGGCUUCUCUGGACUGUAAGCAGCUCACACAAGUCCACGGUGUCGCCAACAUUGAUGUCAAGGAGAAAUGAGCCUUUGGACACCAUAGACCCCUUUUGGUCUGCUUUACUAUUGAGGCAUAAUCACUGUGGAUGACAGAUGUCAUCACCCUCUCCUCUUCCAUACCAGAGCACUGAUGUUGCUGUUGAGUUCAUUAGGAUGUUUGAAAGUACAGUCUAAGUUUGAGACACCAGAAAACCAAACACCAUGCAAGACAAACCUUUUCAAUCAUCAUAUGUUUCCACUUGAGGAUUUCUGUCCCUUAUAUUGUAACAUUUUUACAUCCCUUCUACUCAAUAUCAGAUUGGACCAGUAUAAUGUGCCUUGGAAAGUGCCUAAGCAUAUGAUUGCAGUCUUUACAAGAUUGGUAUUAGAACUUGUAUAAUUGCAUGACAUUUCAAAAUGUAUCUUACCUACUGAACAGAGCACAAGCUACAGUAUAUGACACAUGGGAACAAUGUUUGUUUAGUAUGCUGUACAGUAAAGCAAAAAUACUGUGUACAGAGUGGUUUGUUAUGUUGCCAGAGCAUUGUAUAUCAGCUUUUUCUCAGAUAUUAUUUUCUAACACUUAUUAGAAGGGGUAUGUGUUACCUUACACUGUACAUUUGAAUAAUGCUAUGGUAUUAUUAACUUGUAAAACGUUGAUUUUAAGAGAUCAGUUCUUUUAAACAUACAGGUAACUGCCAAAUUAAAGGAAACACUUGCGUAAAUGAGGAAUACAUUGUAUAUUGAAAGCAGGUGCUUCCACACAGGUGUGGUUCCUGAGCAAUUGACAUCCCAUUGUGCUUAGGGUCAUGUAUAAAAAUUCUGGGCAGGCCAAGUUGCCCAUUAUUUUGCUACCAUGGUUAUGCCCCCAUCCACAGGGAACGAGUGGGCACUGAAUGCUUUGAUGAGCAUGAAAAUUAUGUAAACCAUAUGCUAUCGCUGUCUCAGUGACCAGAUCUCAACCCAACACUUAUGGGAGAUUCUGGAGCAGUGCCCGAGAGCGUUCUCCACCACCAUCAACAAAAUACCAAAUUAUGGAAAUUCUUGUUAAAGAAUGGUGUCGCAUCCAUCCGAUAGAGUUCCAGACACUUGUAGAAUCUAUGCCAACGCACAUUGAAGCUGUUCUGACAGCUUGUGGUGGCCCAACACACUAUUAAAACACUUUAUGUUGGUGUUUCCUUUAUUUUGGAAGUUACCUGUAUAUCCACCUCUAUUUAUGCACGACAGUGUAAAUGUCUAAAAGUAAUUCUAUGUGAAAUUGAUGAACAUGACCAUAUUAUGAAGUCAAGUUAAAGAUGCUCCAGCCCAGGUUUUGUAGUAAUAUCAGCUAGCUUUUCUAAAUGGCAGCUUUGGCGCUUAACGAAAUUAACAACCCUGAAGUGUCACAAACUGAUGAAAUGGCAGCUACAUCACAAACAGUAGUCUGCAACUGCUUUAACUGUUUGAAAACAGAAAAUAUGUAUUUGUGAUAUUUACAUUUUAAUACUGUAUUAUACCAUGUAAGUAAAUGAUUUCACUUCAA